CGGAGGUAAGUUCUCCGUUUGCGUGUAAAUGAAGGGCGCAAAUGAAGGGAAAUGUCUCAGUUUUUCAAAAUAACCAUGUAAACAGGGCCUAGAAUUAUUUGUGUGUUGUAGCUUAUGCACAUUGUGUUUGUAUAUUGCUGUGACCUAGAUGAGGAUCAAAUCACAUUUUGAGGCAAAUCACUGUAGUUAAAAAGUUAAUAUAAGCCCAAACUAUUGGCAUCGGUAUCUGCAGAUAUCAGUCUGAAAAAUCAGCUUUCAGUAUCCAUGGAAAAAAAUUUAAUAUCAGGGCAAAUCUAAUAUAUUGUCUAUUGUUUAAUAACAUCGAGCAAACUAAUGGACACCUCCCACACACAAAAACAAGAAAAACAAAAAUAGAUCAUGCCAAUGGGACAUAAGAAACUUCAAACAACCCGUCAAAAGUGGGAGGUCUACGUAAUCUUAUUAUAGAGAUGAUAAGCCGUGGUUUCGGUGUAUUGUUUCAAAUGGACAUUAAGAGUGAAUGAGAUUUCCAUUUGAUCGAAAUCUAAAGCAUAAGCAUCUGUGCCAGGUCUUUUAUGUCUGUACAUUAAUUUAACUUCAGAUUUAAUGAAGCUUUAGCAGAUUAGUUACAAUUAUAGCAUCAAGUUUUCAUUGUAUUGUUUGUUUUGAGUCUAACUUUUCAUGCAAUUUUUAAUUUCAUCCUUCACACUGUGCAACUGACACUGUUUUUGUAUUACAGUGAAUGUGGGUUUACUGUAUAUCAUUUAACUGUGAAGUCCUGCAAGAGACAUGUUUUUUACCAACUUUACUGAAUUCUACCUGCAGGGAUUUCCAGGACUCCAAGCGCAGUAUUAUGGAGCUGUGGGGAGCUUUUUGUUUUUCGUCUACUUGACACUGGCAGGAGGAAAUAUCUUUAUUAUUUCAUUUAUUGCAUAUGAGAGAAGCCUUCAGAAACCCACAUAUUUAAUCUUCUGUAAUCUUGCAGUGUCUGAUCUUGUUUAUGGAACUGCAACGCUGCCUACGGCAUUUUCAAAAUACCUUUUCAAUGUCAACACUAUAUCAUUUUAUAGCUGCUUUGUGCAAAUGUUUUUUGUUCAUUAUUUAGGGGGUUUUAAUUCUUUUUUGCUGCUGUUAAUGGCCAUUGAUCGGUUUGUUGCAGUGUGCAACCCACUUAGAUAUUGUGCUAUUAUUACAAACAAGACAAUUUUGUUGUCAUUUGUAUUUAUUUGUAUACUCCUGAUAAUUUCAUUGUCGAUCAUUGUGUACCACACCUUUGAUGAACCCUUCUGUGCUUCUAAUGUUAUAACCCAAAAUUAUUGUGACCAAAAUACAUUAUCUAAACUGUCUUGUGGAGAUGUAACACAAAAACGAUUGUUUUCAUUUGGAAAUGCCAUGUUUGUUCUUUUGGGCCCUUUGACUUUUAUAAUAUUUUCAUUCAUUGCUAUCAUCACAGCAGUUUAUAAAAUUUCUGACAGUCAGGCUCGAUAUAAAACACUUUCAACCUGCACUCCCCAACUUUUUAUUAUUUGUCUGUACUAUGUCCCGAGAUGUGUUGUCUAUGUGUAUGAUGUGACGGUUACGAUCUCUCCAGGUAUUCGGAUGGUGUUAGUUAUGUGCUACAGUUUGUUGCCGCCUGUUGUCAAUCCAAUGAUAUACUGCUUCAGAACUAAAGAAAUCAAAGAUGCACUUAAAAGACAAUUGAGACACAAAAUUAGCCUACAGAUGACAAUGACAUGGGGGAAAAGUACCUAAACAACUUUA